CUCGCGCUUUGAAGAAGGACGUUCAGCUGGGUAGAGAUGAGCCGUUAGAGUGCUGAGAUUCACCACAGGAGAGCUGUAACGAAAGCUCACAAUAGAAACCCAGCUGUCCUUCAGUGGGUCAGACCCUGAAGAAUCAUGUGGGUUCUGGAGAAAAUCCGGAGCACAGUGGAGAACAAUGCUCCCCGACCAGGGGAGGCAGGAGACAAACAGGACAAAGCACCCAUCUACAGCAACGUUCUCACGCCUGAUAAGAUCCCGGACUUCUUCAUCCCUCCCAAGCUGGUGAGCUGCCCACCAGAGACUGAAACACUAGACGUGAAGCCCAAGGAAGGUCUACGGCCUUCCACCUCAGAGCAGACCAUUGGCAACAAAAUCAGCAGCCCUCGAAGUCCUCGCCUGGUCAGCAAACUAGCUGGAGACACCAAAAACCUGCUAAGGGCUGCCAACCGUCACAUCAUUCAGAUCGAGAGUGCAGAUGAUGUCGUUGCUGGGGACACCAAUGCUGACCCUCAGUCUCAGACAGCUAUGUCUUUGUCAUAUAUUCCAAAGACUCAGACCUCCUACGGAUUUGCUACACUAAUGGAGAGUCCCCACACUCGCCGGAAAGAGUCGCUCUUCCACUGUGACCACUCAAGCCCAGUCACGUCCCCCAACACCCAACGCAAGUCACCAGGCAAGACCGGUACUGAAGUUAACCAUCUGAACCCUCUGGAUUUCAACACGUCCCACAUCAACCCAUAUCGCUACUUUAGUGGGGGCGAGAGCGACACAUGCUCCUCAGCUGAGUCGUCCCCUUUCAGCUCACCUCUGCUGUCCCGCUCUGCCUCCUUGCUCAAGAUCUUCACCCAUGAGACUCAGGCCAAAGUGGUCAAAGCCAAGAGGACGUUCGCCCGGCACAGUUCACUCUCCACGGAUGAGUGCAGCUCUGCAGAGCCCAGCCCCAGCGUGCCCAGGAGGCUCCACUCUCCCGCAGGUGGUGGACUCCUGGACCAUCAGCAUGGAAAGGACAGACAGCAAAGGGAGCACAAGGUCAACCUCCAUAAGGGAGGCAUUCUCCGGCUCUGUGCUGAUUAUGACCCAGGAACAGCACGUUUGCGCGUCCGCAUCAUUUCGGCUGAGGACAUUUAUGACCAGACAUUUGACAUAAAGAGCAUUAAUUGCUGUGUGUCACUCUACCUCAACCCGGGCAAGCAGCAAAAGCAGAGAAGCACUAUUAUCAAGAACAGCCGCAAUCCCGUCUUCAACGAGGACUUCUUUUUUGAUUCUGUGAGCUCAGCUCAGGUGAAAAGCCUAGCUCUGAAGAUCAAAGUGGUGAACAAGGGCACUAGCCUGAAAAGGGACAGCCUAGUAGGCGAGAGAGAGGUUCCUCUGGGGAAGCUGCUGCCUGGUCUUUAAGCCUGCAUAAGGUCUUAUGAAGGCUUAGUGCGUUGAAAGGAGGCCUAAUAUAUCUUACAAUAAAUAGAUAAUCCUGUUACCAUGUAGUAUUAGCAGCAGUUCAUUUAGCAGUGACAUAUUUAUUCAUGACUACAACUUACACACUAGCUCAGCCUUUAUAGUAAGUAUAUGUAUACAUUUGAAUCUGGUAUGAAUAGAAACUAAAUAGAAAUCUUUACAUAUAUUGUACACAAACACAAAAAAAAAACUACCAGUCAAAAGAUCUUGAAAGUCUGACCAAGGAAUGCAUGUGUGUGUGAUUUGAGAUAUGUUAGAAAUUACUAUUUAAUUGAAACAAUUUUGAUCUUAUCAGAAAUGGCCAAAACCUUAUCAUUCUGAUUAGAACAUAUAUUUAUGUUUAAAACUAUUACAUUUAGGGUCUCAUUAGGAACUUAGAGCAGCCGGUUAAAUGAGAUUUUGCGAACUGUUUUAAAAGAUAAACUGCAGGUGUUCAAAAGUGUUAGAAGUGACAGUGUAUAUUUUAUUGUUUUAUGCUUGUUGUGUAAAGUAAUGCAGACAGAAUCAUUGCCUCUUGAUAGCAAAAAACAAACAAAAAAAAACAAACAUUUUUCUUCUAUGGAGUCCAGGGCUUUGAAACCCCCACGAUGAUUCAAUGUGCAAAAGUCAGCUUUGAUCCUGGAUGCACCAAACAGCUAAUUUGCAGGAUGAAUAAACAACCUGAGGAUAUUGCAUCACCCUGUCCGACAGUGGUGCAUGGUCGUAUGCUUAUACUUGUGAAUAGUUUUGUGAGACCCAAAAGCCUUAAUGAUGGAGGUGAAGGUUUGCAUGUCUUCACCAAAUUUAUCUGAACUAUCUUAUGCCGAGUAUGACUUUAUUAAUCUAUUCUGACUAAUUCUGCUUAUUAUAUGUCACUGUAUAUAUAUAAAAAAAAUGUAGAUUGAUAAUGUUUUUAAAUUAUUCUUGUAAAUAUUCAAUUUUGUCCUGGCCACUAAAUAAAACUGAUAAAUAGAGAUUACUUAACUAUGAGUGACAAUGGGGAACUAAGGAAAGUCUAAGCAUGUAAGCAUUAUUGUAAUAAUCUUUUUUACCGAAUAUAUUCUGCUGGAUUAAUUUACAUAAUGAAUAAUUCCUUAAGAGACAUGAUAAAAAAUAAAAAAAAAGAUUUGAGAUGUGGUGAUAGUGGUAUUAACCAAACACUCAGGAAAAAGAGUGUAAGUAUUGAUGGAAAUGAUAGACUGUGUGAUUGUGUAUUUGGUAAAAUAUUAAGAAAACCCAUGACUGUAGCUCAGCAUUUGUUGUGACGACCCUCAUUAAAAUCCAGAGUGGUGCAGAGUGUGCAAAUUCUCCCCUGUUAUUAAAAUUAAUAAUUAUGUCCUGAAAUGCUGCUUAAUUAAACAAGCUGAAACUUUACUUGUUUCAGCUUUUAAAAGAGUGCUGAAAUUUUCUGUUCAUGUUCACCUUUUUAUCAUAAAUAGGUCUUGAUCAGAGUCCCUCUUAUACUCAAGUCUUCCUGUUCUAACAGGUUUUUUUCUUUUCUUUUUUUUCUUUUUCUUUUCAGUGCCAAUCCAAUAUACUUGAUGUGUAAAUUGUUUUUAUUGUCUAAAGUUGUAAAUGCUGGAUUCUAGUUCCUCUGUUUUUGUAUUUGUAAUUGAUGUGAACUGAUUUUGUGACCAAAAACCUGUAUAUUAAACUGUGAAAUGUAGAAUGGGAAAUUAGAUGUGCUUUAUAUGUGGCAUGCUGUCCACAUUUUUGCAUGAAUACUGCGACGUACUGAUGUAUAUGCUGAUAAGCUUUUAAUGGAAAACUGCAGGUUGUGGUAAGAAAUGUACACUUUGCUUAAUGUGAGAAAAAUAAAGUUAUGUUGUGUGAUGAAUAAAAGAUCUGAUA